AAAACAACAAACAGCUUUUGAAGUGUCAACUCUUCGAAUUACGAAAUAUUAAUACGAAUUUUUUCUUAGAAAAAAAAGAUAUAUUCACAUGGAUUACCAAAAUCUUUUUAAACAUAAGUUUGAUAUAUAAAAUCACAAAUAUUAAAUUUAAUAACGUGGUGGUAUGUCUCUAUCAAUUGCUUAUAUUUAUGACUAUACAGAGAUAUAGAUUGAAUCCUUCAACACCAAGAUAUCGAGCAUAUUUGCAGUAUCAAUUUUUAUUAAUACCAUGAGUUUAGAAAAAAGUUUAAAUUUUCUUGAAGUUGAUAUCAAUGAACUGUACUGGUGUUUUUCAAUCCAAACGUUUUUAAGAAGAUGAGAAAAAGAAAAGGAAAGAAAGAAACCCAUGAAGGAACUCAAUGUGUAAGGGAAUUAUAUGUAACCCAAUUUAAGGAAGUAAGAAAAAGGAAAUGUUGAUUAUGGAAAGCAUGAUGGGUGAAACAGAAAUGAAAAUGAUAGUGAAUAGAAAAUUAAAAGAGUGGAAGACAUGGCUCUCAAAUCAAGUAUAAAUAAUAAAAGAAAGAGUUGCAUCCCUUAGAUGAAGCUGGCCAAAGCAAAAGCAGACCAUGGAAUCUUGUUAUUUAUUCCUAUAUAUUAAUCUUCUUUCUUUAUCAGAAAAUUCAACUACGACAAUGACUCACGUCUUUUUCCCUUCUUUUUCUUCAAUUGAUCAGGAUAUGCUGAUUAUUCUAUUGAUUAGUUGUUAAUUAAGCUUUGAUCUUGUGGUAGCUAAUCAUUAGUUUCUCCAUUCUUUUAUCCAAGCUAUGAACUGGCAAACUCGGAAUCUUCACUUGACUUUAAUAGCUUAUAAUAAGCUUUCUUGGAGCCUCCAUUAGUUUCCUUUCUAAUGAUCAAACUCUCUCUUUCUGUUCUUGGAUUAAUUCCUUUUCUUUUCUUUUUUUCUGGGUCAUAAAGAAAGAAAGUAAAGUUUUGGGUGUGUGCAAAUGGGAAGACAGCCUUGUUGUGAUAAGGUUGGAUUGAAGAGAGGUCCAUGGACUAUUGAAGAAGAUCAUAAGCUCAUGAAUUUCAUCCUCAACAAUGGGAUUCAGUGCUGGCGACUGGUUCCGAAACUUGCAGGGUUAUUAAGAUGUGGAAAGAGCUGCAGAUUGAGAUGGAUGAAUUACCUGAGACCUGAUUUGAAGAGAGGAGCACUAACAGAAGCUGAAGAAGAUCAAAUCAUCGAACUCCAUUCGCGUUUGGGAAACAAGUGGUCAAAGAUUGCUGCACAUUUUCCAGGCAGAACAGAUAAUGAGAUUAAAAACCAUUGGAAUACAAGAAUCAAGAAGAAACUAAAGACUCUGGGUGUAGACCCUCAAACCCACAAUCGUAUUGAAAAAGUUCAGGAUUUUGAUAGAGAAGAAGUUAGGCUGCAGAAUGAAGAAUCCCCCAAGGAAGCUGAACCAAGCAAUGUAGAUUUGAAAAUUCAGGAUAACAAGACAGAAACUGGAAAAGAUCAUUGUUGUUUGUCAGGAAACUUACAGAGAAGUGGAACUUGGAGCAAAGACCUGGAUGCAGGAUCCGUGUUGACCCCACAUACCGAUAAAUCAGAAUCAUUUUCUUCAAGAAUGGAUGAAUCUUUCCCGCAAGAUGAUCUUCAACAGCAUUGGAUUGAUAACAUGGAUUAUUUACUGUCAUGGGAUGGUUUCAGCAGUAAUUUGGAUGAGAUAUUUCCUUUUGACAGUCACCAAUAACAUUAUAUGGAUUCUUAAAUCUCUCUUUAUUUCCUUUUUCUUCUUAUUGUUGCUGUUAUUAUUAGUGGAACGUUACAUGUAAUACCAAUUGCUUAUUAAUGAGGGACAAUGUAAAAGUGUCAAUAAGUAUAAGAAAAAUUAUGGACAUGGACAUCGUUUUAUUUUUAUUUUUAUACUGGAGGCAACACUGAAAUUUGAGCCAGUAAUUUCACAUUCAAGCAACAUUGGCUGCUAAUCUUUUCUUCUUUUAUUUUCCCUUUUAAAGAAUGUCAAGAGGUGAGCUUGUCGCAACUGGUAAAAUUGUUUCUUUGACUCCUUGUAGGUUAUGAGUUUAACAGAAACAACCUGUUUUGCCAAAAAAUACAAGGAAAAAGCUGCAUAAAAUAUGCAUACACCCUCUCCUGUCUCCGCCCAAGCUUGGAAAUAAUUUUAUGCACUACAGAGAUGAAUACCCACCGCUAUACCACAUGGCAGAACUCUAAUAAGCUAGCGAUUUUAGCCAAAA